AUGAGAGAGACAGUAGCUUGGAGGUACUUUAACAGAGACGUUCUGCCAUUUGGUGCAAUGAUCGUAGUGGAGUGUACCGCGGUUGGGUCAAACACAUUGUACAAGGCUGCAAGCUUAAGAGGAUUAAGCUUUUAUGUCUUUGUCUUCUACAUGUUCGCCGUUGCUACACUUGUCCUUCUUCCACUUUCUCUUAUCUUUGGAAGGUCAAGAAGAUUACCGUCAGCUAAAUCUCCUGUCUUCUUCAACAUUUUCUUACUUGCUCUUUUCGGGUUCAUGGCAAUGAUAGCUGGCUGUAAAGGUAUAGAGUAUAGUUCUCCUACUCUUUCCUCUGCUAUCAGCACCCUCACGCCAGCCUUUACCUUCACACUCGCCGUUAUCUUCAGAAUGGAACAAGUAGUGUUAAGGAGCUCUGCGAGUCAGGCUAAAAUCAUUGGCACCAUAGUAUCUAUAUCAGGUGCUCUUGUUGUUGUUCUUUAUAAAGGUCCAAAUGUUCUCGCUGCUGCCUCUCUUACAUCUUCAUCAUCUACCAUUUCGCAUUUGACUUCGUUUGAUUCAAGUUGGAUUAUCGGAGGGCUUCUGCUCGCUUCACAAUAUUUUCUUCUUUCAGUCUGGCUUAUUCUUCAGACUCAGGUCAUGAAGGUAUACCCUGAAGAAGUAACUGUAGUAUUCUUGUACAACUUAUUCGCAACUCUAAUCUCAGCACCAGUGUGUCUAUAUGCGGAAAAAGACUUGGCUUCUUUUCUGCUUAAACCUGAUAUUUCUCUCGCUUCCGUGUUGUACACGGGAGUCGUACUUUCAUCAUUUGGCGUACUUAUACUCUCAUGGGGUCUGCAUCUGAAGGGUCCAGUUUAUAUAUCCUUGUUCAAGCCUUUGUCUAUUGUUAUUGCGGUCGCUAUGAGUGCUAUGUUCCUCGGCGAUGCACUUUACCUUGGGAGUGUCAUCGGUUCAGUGAUUCUAAGCUUAGGAUUUUACGCUGUGAUUUGGGGCAAAUCAAGAGAGGAUUCAACCAAAACUGUGGCUGCUUGUGAGCGCUCACCUUUGUUGCUUACACAUACCAUAGAAGAUGAAGCCAUAAGAUUAAGACACACUAAUGUUUAG